UGUUUGAAUCCCUCUGUGUCAUCCUCCUCCUCAUGACUCCCACCCACUGCUUCAGGAGACGCUCACACAGUCGUCCACCACAAAGCGCAGAGGAGAGGAGAGUCUUUCCUUUAAAGGCCAACCAGUAUCUGCACCAGACCUUCAUCUUUACAAACGAACAGAAGCAAAGAUUUUUCAGACAAGAGGAUGAGGAGAGUAGCGGGGUGGUGUUUACUUGGCCUGCUGUGCCUCCACAAUUCUGUGUUUGCACAGGACACAGAGCCGCCCAUGCUGGGCACCCUGGCGGCCUGUAACGACCCCACUGUGGAGAAGUCCGUCUACGGCGCUUUGGACAGCUUUAACGAGAAGCUGAGCUCUGGUUACAAGCUGGUUCUGUUUCAGAUCCUGUUUGCCAACAAGAUACAGAACGACUCAGACCCUGGAGGGUACUAUGUGGAGUUCACCAGCAGGAGGAGCAACUGUCCGGCAGGAUCCUCCCAACCGUGGACAGAGUGCGACCAUCUGAAACAUGGAGGGAAGCCACAGAAGCCUUUUUCAUGCAACGCCACAGCCCAUGUCACAGAGACAAGAACAUUCAUCAAACAUGUGUAUUGUCACUUUGGUGACUUAAUCUUUCCAGAAAGAGCUCCCUGUUUGGGGUGUCCUGAAGACGUCGAUGAGAAUUCGGAAGACCUCAAGGUUCCCUUCGCUGCCUCCAUCUCCAAGUACAACUCCAUGUCUGACUCCUCCCACCUCUACACGCUCAAUCAAAUCGGCCACGCCACCAGACAGGUGAUCGCAGGUUUCCGGUUCCGACUGAGAUUUGAUUUGAAGAACACCACAUGCGCCAAAGCUGACCAUGAAGAGCUCAAUGAAGUUUGUGCCCCUAAUGAGGAGAAACCAGGCUUUGUUAACUGUAACGCCACGGUGGAUUUAGCACCAUGGAGAUUAGAAGCUCCACAAGUCCAAAUAGUCUGUGAAGAUGGACCACUGCCUGGGUCGACAUUCCAAAGACGUCGUCCACCCGGCUGGUCUCCUCUCAGGAAGUUCCUGCACAAAGUUCCCUCCACUGCAUCACCAUCGACAACACGGCCGACCGCCACCACGGCUGCAACCAAAGAGUCAUCUGAGGAGGAGAUAGGCCUGGCUGAACCCAGCAACCCCUACCAAUGCCCUUCUAAGCCCUGGAAGCCAAUCAAACGGCAGCGUCACUUUGGUCGUCCAAAGGCCCAAAAACCACCAGUAGAGGGAGCUUUAAGUGACACAGACCUGCUCUCACCAGAUUUGUCUUUGUCUUGAAGAGAUUAAAUAUGGUGUUUUCUCUUUCCAGUAAUAUUAACGUCAAAGAUUGCUGAACGCAGAUAAUCGUUUAAGAAAGUGGUGGAAGUGACUAUUCAGAAAGCUCUAGAACAAAGAAAGAAAUGAACAGCAAAACACUCAUAAAAAUAACAUUCGUUUUCUAACAUUAAACUCAAGUAAAUGUU